GGGGAAGAGAAUGCAGGGAAGCGCGCCCCAGCUAGCCAGCCCGCGGACCUCCUGCACGCAACGUCAGGAUGCCAGAGACCCAGAGCUCCCGCCAGGACCCCCGGCGAUGGAAGAAGCAGCCGGUGCGCCGCACGGUCAGCCAGAUCUGCCCGCCACCGCGGAGGCCCCUGACCGUGGCCGACAUCCGACCGGGUAUGGAGAACGAGAGGCUGGGAGUCGUGCGGGAUUCCAUGUUUCAGAACCCGCUCAUCGUCAAGGCUGAACUCGGGAAGCCCCGAGAAAGAAGCUGCAGUCUGCCUGGGAUUGAUUUUAAUUAUGGACUCUACACCCGGGGGCUGGACGGAGGGGUCCCCGAAGCCAUCGGACACUGGAAUGUGUUUAAGCAGCAGCCCACCUGCCCCCACGAGCUGACCCGGAACUACAUCGCCAUGAACCGCGGGGCAGUGAAAGCCGGCCUGGUAACUGCUCGGGAGAAUUUCCUCUACCGUCAGCUCAACGACAUUCGUAUCAGUGACCAGGAUGACCGGCGUGUCAAGAAGGAGCUGCCCUCUCUCCCACCAAAUAUGACGUUUGGGACCCUGGCACGGCCCUCCACCCCUUUCUUUGACCUGCUGCAGCACCGCUACCAGCAGCUUUGGGUGCAGGAACAGAAGGCCACCCAGAAAGCCAUUAAACUGGAGAAAAAGCACAAGGUGAUCCUGGGGAAGCUGUAUGAGACCCGGAGCAGUCAGCUGAGAAAGUACAAGCCACCAGUGAAGCUGGAUGCCCUCUGGCAUAUGCCUCACUUCCAGAAGGUGCAUCCCCAUCUCGAUACCUUCCCCACCGAGGCUGAUCGCCAGAGAGCAUUCCGAGCCCACCAGGAGGAGCACGCGGUGCGCCAGGGGACCCUGCGAAUGGGCAACUACACCCACCCCUGAAGCCUUCUUGGCACAGUAGAAAAUCCUCAGAGGACUCACUUUUCUUGCCCCAGCUCACGUUAGACGCUCCCCCACUUUUAUGCGGGUUCUGCUUUGGCAAGGACCUCAGAUUCAGGUCUUCGAUGGAUUUUUUUUUUGGUAAGAGUCCCUCCCCCCUUUUCGGUUAGCCAAUGCUUACUUACCUUAGCCCCACUGACCCUCUAGCUAGGGACUCCCCUUCCUGCAGGAGCCCACCCACCCUCGGUUCUCCAGCCCUCACCUGGGAAGAUGAAUCCAAAUCACCAGGCAGCUGUUAAGACUCCAGGCAAAGGGUCGAUUCCAAGGCUCUGCCCAUUGAGUGUGAAGAACAACCUGUGUAUUUCCUACAGAAAGCCCUCAUUUUAUAUUCCAAACAUGAGUUUAACUGUGCUUUGGGGAUGCCUGAUGCCUCACCAGGCCAAUACACUCUCUCUCGGGGACCCCUGACAAUGAAUGGCGAGAGCCCAUGCUCGGGGCUCAGGGCCUGCCCCCACCUCCUCCACGCCAGGGGCCUGUCAUUCAGGCAGGCCAAGAUGGGCUUCUCCACCCAGACGGACCUUGGGAAGGCCAACCCCGCCAAAAGGAAAGAGCCUUCUAGGAGGGUGAGUAGGUGGGCGGAUGAGACACAGGCUGCGGAACUUUUCAGCCAAGCUACUGGGCGCUUCUUACCUCAAUAAUUCUUUGCGUUCUUACCUUCUCCCCACAAAUUAUAUACUGGUCUAUUUUAAAUUAAAAUUGCUAU